AGGCCCUGGAGAAAUUCCCGGAGGAGAAGGAGCGCUUUGAUGGCGCCAGCUCUGGCAAGCAGAAAGAAGGGCCACGGGUGGUGUGGCCAUGUCUUCGAGGCGAGUCCUCUCGCUUGCUUUACCUUCUGGAUCUCUACGCCGAGAAGUUUUCAUGUCUUGCAGGGGACAGACAGCUGGGACAGCCUCCCUUCAAUGAGGCUGCAAUCCUGAUCCUCGAGGGGGAGAUCUCUGUGUUGAGUCCGGAAGGCAAAGAACUUGCAGUCCUCACAGCGGGCUGCUGCUGGAACGAGCGGAUCCUGGCUGGAGCUCGAGCCAAGCAAAGUGAGCGACUCCUCCCCAUGACCAAUUGCGAGGUGCGCAUUGUGAGUCGGGAGACCUGGGGCAAAGUCAUGGCAGAGUUCCCCAGCGACCUGGGGAAGGUUCGGGCCACCAUCCUGAAGUACAUGGGCGAGCAGGCCGAGAAGCGGCUGGGCUACGAGCCGGGGUCCUGCACGCUGCUGCGCGAGACCGCCUUCUUCUCGGCGGUGUCCUUGGACUUUGCCAAGCAGGCGCGAGCCAUGGCGGAGACAAGGAUCAUUGAGCCUGGCUGCGACAUUGUGCCGGAAGCGCUGGUGACUGAGCACUUGCAGACCAAAGAGACCAAAGAGACCAAAGAGGCUGCGGUGGAGUUCCAGUUCAUUGAAGGAGGGCCAGGUGGCCCAGGAGAUGCCUCCCACGAGGGUAGUCAAGAUGAAGGCGAAGGCGAAUGCGAUCUGGUCCAGGAGCUGUACAUAUUCUUGCACGGGACUGCGACCUUAUGCUGCCCCCUCCGAGGCGAGCGGAGAUGGCAGUGCGGGGAGGUCAUUGGAGAGGCCGCCUUCGUUGGCGCCACGAGGCUCUACCCUGCCAGAGUCACGGCCGACACUGUCUGCCUAGUGCAGGUGUUCAAGAAAGAUGAGAUCUUUCUGGCGAUGAUGGCUCGUGGUGGCAGAGACAAGGAGCUGUUGGACAUACUUGGAAAGGAGGCCCAGCCCUACGGCAUGACCCAAAUGCGCAAGAGGCUGCAGCGCAGCCUCUCCUUCCGCAAUGCGCAUGCAGCCUUCUCUGGUGCACUCGUCAGGAUCCCCGACGUGGUUCUCUUCGCGCCGAAUUACACAAUCACGGAGCAGGGGGACGAGUGCAAGCUGGGUCAGAGCAGCUUCUAUUUAGUGUUGGCUGGCAGAGUCCGAGUAGAGGGCGCUGUGGGCACUCUCUUCAGCACUGUGGGCGCUGGCCAGGUCUUCGGGGAGGUGGGCGCCUUCGGGCUCUCGAGGCGGCGCACCGCCAGCGCCCGCACCUGGGACGAGGGCUACGUAUGCUGCCUGCGCUUCCGCGGCGAGGUGGUCCGUGCUGCUGUGGACACGUUUCCGCUCGACAGAGAUGCGCUGGGACAGAUCUGGAAGAGGACCGAGGUGAAGAAUAAGGGCACCGAGUUGGAUCGCAGGGAGUGGAUCAAGACCACGGCCAUCCCAGCGCUGGCGCAGACGCCUCUGCUGGGAGGCUGCCCGGCUUCCUUCUUCCAUAGCCUCUCGGUUCUCCUCCAGGAACAGCACUUCAAGGCGAACACCGACAUUGUGAAAUGCGGUGAGAAGCUGGAAGCCAUGCUGAUCAUGGUGCAGGGCAGCGCACAUAUGCGGACGCGUGUGGGAGACGACAUUGGCACCAUGAAGAAGGGCUCCAUGUUUGGUGAGGUCAAUGCUUUGGGCUUGUUCAAGUACAGCAUGGCCUCAGUCCACACCACGGAGAAGUGCCGCGUGAUCGUCCUGUCGCACCAGGCCAUGCGCCAGGCGCUUGCCACGCCCGCUGCCAAGCAUGAGGGCAUCACCCUGGCCUUUGAGCAUUUGGUAGAGCGGCGCCUGGAGCAGGUGGAACGUGGGGUGCCACUGUGCAGCAUGGGCAUUUCAGCUCAGAAGGAGGACGUGCGGGUUCGUGCCAUCGCACUGCUGGCUGAGCGCGCGGACCUGGAGACCGGGGACGCUUGGACGCCUAUCUCGGACACGGAGCCGUCUGGGCCGUUCUUCGGCGUCCUAGUGUCCGGCCGCGUCAUGGUGGAGAUCGGCCCGGAGCAUCACAUCGUGCUGCAGCUCACAUCCGGCGCCAUCUUUCCCGAGGGCCUCUUGGCCUCCUACGGCGCAGUCUGCCGCGCGGAGACGGCCUGCGAGGCGUACAGGGUUCGAUGGCACGACUUCUGCAUGGCGGUCGGAUUGAGCACCCCUGCCGCCAGUGACUGGUUCUGGAAGUUCCGGGUGCAGGAGAAGGCAACUGUGGAAAGAUUGACGCGCAGGCUGCAAUCAGUGCAGGGUCUCUUAGACGUGACCUUGCCACAUGCUAGACACGACGAAAUCCAGGCAUGGAAAGCAAGUCGGACGGCCAAGAACACGGAGGCACGGCUCCCCAUCUUGCCCCAGGAUCCCCAGGUGAAGUCCACGUUGCAGAGGACAGAAUGGCAAGAACUCCGUCAAAAGAAGCCAGGCUUGCUGGCCUACACCAGUGGCCUGGUAGAGCUGCCAAAGCUCAUUGACGAAGGUUUGACCCACUCUGCGUCAGAACCGAUCUUGCACAAGUGACGGAUGUACGAGAAGAAUCAGGGUUGCAAACAAUUCGGCAAGACAUUGCAGGGAUCCUGA